AUGACGUCUGGCCGCGGGGCGCUGCAGGAGAUGGACCAGCUGGCGCUGCUCAAGACGCUGUGCAAGCGGCGCGCGACGGUGCGCGCCGUGCGCGACAUCGUGCCCGCGCUGCGCGAGGCCAUCGCCGCCGCCCAGUCGGGCACGCCGGGUCCCGUCUUCGUGGAGCUGCCCCUGGACGUGCUCUACCCCUUCCACGUGGUGCAGAAGGAGCUGGGCCAAGCCGGGGGCUCCGGGGGGCUGCGGCGGCGCCUGGUCGACUGGUACCUCCGCAACUACCUGCACAACCUCUUCGCCGGCGCCUGGGAGCCCCGCGACAUGACGCCCUUGCCCGUGCGGGUGCCCCUGGCCACCGCAGAGCAGGUGCAGGAGGUGGCCGAGCUGGUGAGCAGGGCCGCGAAGCCGCUGGUGCUGCUGGGCAGCCAGGCCACGCUGCCCCCGACGCCCGUGGAGGAGCUCAGGGCCGCGCUGGAGGCGCUGGGGCUGCCCUGCUUCCUGGGCGGCAUGGCGCGCGGGCUGCUGGGCCCGGCGAGCGCCCUGCACGUGCGCCAGAACCGCCGCGACGCCCUGCGCGCCGCCGACCUCGUCAUCCUCGCAGGCGCCGUGUGCGACUUCCGCCUGGCCUACGGGCGCGCGCUGAGCCGCCGCAGCGCCGUGGUGGCCGUGAACCGGGAGCGGGCGCAGCUGCGGCGCAACGCCGACGUCUUCUGGACGCCRCGGCUCGCCAUCCGAGGCGACGCUGCGUCCUUCCUGGUGCAGCUGGCGCGGAGCCUGCGCGGCUACUCGUGUCCCCGCGAGUGGCUCGCGGCGCUGCAGGAGGGCGACCGGCGCAAGGACGCGGCCAACAGGUGAGCGUGGCGC